AUGCGAUUGCAGCAGCGCGCAGCCGCCAUCCCGAUGGCCUGGAGACAGCUCCCCAGCUUACACAAGGCCUUGGUGAUAGCUGCAGUGGUACUUUUCUCUUUCGUUGCACUAAUGCGCUCUGAUACCGUUGACGUCGUGCACGACCGCUGGGAUCGUAUCACGCAGGCUGGCCUCAAGGUUGGCCUCAAGGCAGAGGGCCCUAUCGCAGGCGGCAUCCCGAUCCGCAUCAUGUUCAUCGGGGCCUCGGUGACGCUCGGCGACCGUUCGACCGGGGAGGUCGGGUACCGGAAACAGAUCCGGGACUGGAUCGUCUCCCGCGGCAACCGGGUGAACGCGGUCGGGGCGAAUCGUUAUGGCGACUUCGAGGACAAUGACGUGCAAGCCUUCGGCGCCCAGCCCAUCAAGCCAACGCUAGACCGGGCGCGGGAGAUCGUGCCGGCGACGCAGCCGAACCUCAUCCUCGUUAACGCGGGAUCGAGCGACUGCUUCCAGGAGGACAACUGGGGCGCGGGACACGUGUACCGCGACAUGCACGACCUGAUCGAGUUUCUGCUCCUUGAGUCCCCGCGCGCGACCAUCGUCAUGUCAACGAUCGUGACGUGUCCCUGGGCAGGCACCGAGCAGUGCGUCAAAGGCGCCAAUGCGCAGAUCCGCCAGGUAGCGACUGAUUUGAUAAGGGAGGGCAAGCCGAUCGCAUUAGCGGAGAUGCAUUUUGAUCAGGGGCUUCCGAAUCGACCGAAUUUGACGGAUAUUGGCCCCGAUGACAUGCACCCGACGGACCGCGGGUACUUCUUGAUGGGCGAUAUCUUCAUGGAGAAGGUCCGGGAGGUCGAUAGAAAGGGGUGGCUGCAGCCUCCGGUGCAGAAUGGCGUCCCGGCAGAUGGUGACACUGAGAGAGUUGGGAAGAAUACGGAGACGGUUGGGGAGGAAGCUGGAGGGAAAGGACCGGAGAGCCCUGAGGUGCUUGAGGUUCCGGAUGGUACAUCGACUCGUAAACGCCAUGGUGCGGUGCAUUCUGGGUGGCGGCGAUCUGAAGUAGUGAUAUAG